AUGAACCCAUUCAGUUUUUAUAUGAAAGGGAAAUCAUUGAGUUAAUUCCACAGUUACUCCUUGAUUAUGGUUUUCUCUAUCAAUUAAUCUUUACAAAAAUGGCGGAUACUGAUCUUGUUGGAAGAAAGUUUGCCAUAGCUAUCUUAGAAAGCAUGCCUCCCAACUAUGUUGAGGCAUUGAUUCAAAGCAAGGCUCCUGAAUGGAAGGGUAGACAUUUGCUUCCGGCACAACACAAAAUUAUUUUAAGAAGAAAGAGCAGUUUAUCGCCUCUCUACAGAGACGCUCAGGCUUGGCCAUCCACUACUCAAUCCCUCACAAAACAACUUAGACACUGGAGAGCUAGAACAAUGGCCCACAUUCAGAGUCAAAGGGAGAUUUCCUUAUCACCUCAGACAAGCUACACUCAACUACUAGAUAUUUACUCUGAGGAAUAUAAAAAUGGUCAAGAUCAAUACGAAUAUCGAGGCGUUGGAGAUGAUUUGGUGAUGACCUUCCCAAUGAUGACCCUAAUGAGCCAGAAGAUUUUAUCAGGUGAGAGAGAGUUCAUUGCCUUGUAUCAAACUAGAACUCCAAUUCAGGCGCAUGCCACCCUACGGAACGAUGGCAACUUUGUACUGCAGCAGCUGAAUUCAGAUGGAUCUGUGAAGGGGGAUUUAUGGCAAAGUUUUGAUCAUCCAACGGACACUCUCCUACCAGGGAUGAAACUAGGAUUUAACUUGAAAACUGGGUUGAGUUGGACUUUGACAUCAAAGAGAAGUGACGACUCACCUGCCUCUGGCUCUUUUACACUGGGAAUGGAUCCCAACGACACAAAACAACUGGUCAUAUUGCGGCGAGAUGAUGUAUACUGGAGAAGUGGACAAUGGCAACAUAGCAGCUCUAACUUUCCACACUUAACGUUCGAGCAGGAUUUUGGCUACCGCUUUAGUUUCACUCAAAAUGAGAAUGAAACGUACUUCAAUUUCACUACAAACCCAUCACCGUUCACUUUCCCAAAGAUAAAAGUAGGGUCAGAGGACGCGAUUGCUUUGGAGUUUAUUGGAGACCCGAGUACUCCAGGACUCCCGAUAGUGAUAGUUUCUUGUAAUUAUUAUGCUUAUAGUUCCUCCUUUACGAUGGAAUCCAAUUCUUCAGGAUGCAUAAAGCUAAAGCUUCCCAAGUGCAGGGAUACUACGCUUGAUUACGGUGAUUCCAUCAUCUCGGAGUACGGUUCAAUGUCCAGCCCUGGAUACAGAUUCAGCGAUAGUGAAAACCUGACUAUUGAAGAUUGUAAGGUCAAAUGCUUGCAAAACUGUUCGUGUUUUGCCUUUGCUGCCGCAAAUGUGGAUGGAAGUGGCUGUGAAAUUUGGGUAUCGAGGGCAUUUUUCAAAAUAACAAAGUCUGAACGUGUGAUAUUCAUCCUUCCUUCCAAAGGGAAUAAAUGGUGGCUAUGGCUAACCAUUGUAGUUGGAGGAAUGAUGAUCGUACCCACUGUGUUCUCUAUCUGCUACAUCAUAUGGAAAAAAUGCACAUCAAAUGGGGAUGAAAACAUUAGUCAAAGGACACUAAUAAGAGAAUUGGAAGGCAAUGAUGCGCCUUCUAUCUCAUUUGGAAAGCCGAAAGGUCAUAAGAAAGAUAGAAAUGAGCUCCAUGUCUUCAGCUUUGAAAGCAUUGUCUCUUCUACAAACUAUUUUUCAAGUGCAAAUAAGCUUGGAGAAGGCGGUUUUGGACCAGUUUACAAGGGUAUACUAUUGGAUGGACGAGAAGUGGCAAUUAAAAGGCUUUCGGGAAGUUCAGGCCAAGGAAUGGCCGAGUUCAAGAAUGAAGCACUGCUAAUUGCAAAGCUCCAGCACAUGAAUCUUGUGAGGCUUCUAGGAUUUUGCAUUCAAGGAGAAGAAAAGAUAUUAAUAUAUGAGUAUAUGCCAAACAAAAGCUUGGACUCCUUUCUAUUCGAUUCUGCAAAGAAGAAAGUGUUGAAUUGGAAGAUACGCCUUAACAUCAUUGAAGGGAUUGCUCAGGGGCUUCUUUAUCUCCACAAGUACUCUAGAUUGAGAGUGAUUCAUAGAGAUUUAAAGGCCAGUAACAUUUUGCUUGAUGGUGAGAUGAAUCCAAAAAUAUCCGAUUUUGGGAUGGCUAGAAUAUUUGGAUUAAAGGAAUCUGAAGCAAACACAAAUAGAGUUGUUGGAACAUAUGGUUAUAUGUCUCCAGAAUAUGCCUUCCAUGGCCUUGUUUCUAUCAAAACUGAUGUUUUUAGCUUUGGAGUUUUGCUCCUAGAGCUUGUAAGUGGCAUGAAGAAUACUGGUUGUUGUCAUUCUGAGCAUCCGCUUAACCUUUUAGGAUAUACAUGGCAGCUUUGGAAUGAAGAUAAAGCUUUGGAGGUAAUGGAUCCCACUUUCGAUGGAUUGUGCUCUCGUAGUCAAAUAUUAAGAUGCAUCCAUAUCGGCCUUCUGUGUGUACAAGACCAUGCCAUUGAUAGACCUACAAUGUCUGAUGUUGUUUCAAUGCUUUCAAAUGAGACAAUGCCACUGCCACAACCAAAACAACCAGCAUUUUUCAUCAGCACUGUAGUUCAGGAAAAAGCUGGUGGUCCUGAGAUCAAGUCGGAGAACUAUUCCAUAAAUUACGUGUCAAUUUCUGUAAUGGAGGCUAGAUGAUUGUUUCUGACGUUACAGUGAUGCUUAUAUGGUAGUUGCAUAAAUACCAUACAGGUUGUUGUCAUGUUUGUACAAUCGUGCCUUUAAAUUGAUGAGGUAUGACUAUAAACUGAAUAAAUGAUGAAAUUAUUC